CCCAGCAGCACACACAGACCUGGACAAAUACAUGCAUCCGUCUCAUGUGCGAAACACGUGGCCUGACCUGCGAAUCGACCAGGCCCCCAUGCGUCAAGUCAAUUCUACCUGCCCACCUGUCUGCCUGCACCUCUUCACCUGUGGCUGACCCUUUCCAACAACUACACCAGCAGCCCAGGAACCAAGAUUGUGGCAACCGGGCCGCCGUUGCAGACGCUGGAAAGCGUCACCGAAUACAGGUGACAGACAGAGGCAAGAGAACCAUCCCGCAAGCAAACACUAGGGUACACCCAUACACUCAUGGGGGUCGGGAGGGUGCUGGUCUGCCUGGUCUGCUGGCCUGCUGUCACGAAGGGACAGAGGUGAUAACAGAGUGCUGCAUCACCACUCCACGUUCGCCGCCACACAGACACAGCUCAGGCAGACAUCACGCCCGGCCACCCACCCUGCGUCAAUCCAUCAAUCACCAAAAUGUCGAUCUAUCCAUCCAUCACAACAGAAGACUACCCGGGCGGGCCAGAUACACCGAAAAUCGCCCGCCCGCCACUUUCCUGCAUGGCUCUCUGCAUCUGCACGCCCCUCAUCUCCCCCAUUUGCCAGCCAGCAACUACGAGAUCGACCACAGCUCAUGCUCCGCCGCCCCCUGACAGAACCGCAGCACGCCCCAGAGGCUCGCCCUGCUAUGCCGGCCCUCAUACCGCAGCAGAGGCCCAGCAUACCGCACUAGGUAGUGCGCCGUAGCAGUCUCUUCCGGCAGAUCCCCCUCGAUGUGGAAGCAUAGCUCACGGCUCGCCUGUGACGGCUGGGGGGUGUCUCGGGGUGCGGGUGGCGGGCGUGUGGUGCGUGCGACUGCACGGGGGCUGGUGGGGCCGACGGUGGGUGGUGAGGAGACGGGCAGCGGCUUGUCGGUCUGAAUGCCGCCCUGGGAUAUCGGGGGAGGCGGCUCGACCGACCAGCUGAGGUUGGAGACCUGAUCGAACACACACACGAUUGGCAAAGAGAAACGAGGUGCGAUGAAGGAUCCACGGGCAAGACGGGCGCUCGCUCACUCACUCACUGACCGCGAAUGUGUGUAUCGAGGGCCAGACGUCCUGGAACGCCAAAAUGCAGCUGAUGGGCACGUCUUCAGCAACACCAUCACCAUCACCACCACCACCACCACCCCCAUCGUCCUGGUUAUCGUCAGUCACAUGUGCCGCCGCCCCUCCUUGGGGCACAUGUGCUGUGAAAUGUGCCGUGACUCCGUGCAGGGUUGGGGGAGGAGGGGCGGGGGCGGGGGUGGGGGUAGUGUUGUGCGUCUGAGAAGCAGCACCAGCACCAGCCGCUGCUGCGGUGCCCUGCAGCAUUGCAGUGAGUGUCUGGACGACGGCAGGUCCCAGGGGGCCGUGUGUCUGAGCCGUGGCUAUGGCCGCCACUGCCGGCGGCGCGGCCGCCAGGAGGGCCCUCAACUUCCUCGAUGGGGCCUGUGUGUGCGGAUGCACCGCAACACAUCACAACAGAGGUCAAUCAGUCAUCGAUUCACACACUGAAUGUACCCACCCCACCCACAUAGGUACCUGAAGCCUCAUGCUCCGCUUCGUCAGCGCCCGCACAGCUUGAGGACCGUGGCCGUGCAGCAUGCCGAGAUGAAGGGUCGUCAUCUGUGGCGCCACCAGCAGCACCGUCGGCAGGUCCGUCACGAUCCGCCGGGCCGCAGCGGGCUGGGGCAUCAAGUAAUGCAUCGCAUGUGCCCGCCACACGCCAUCCACAAACUGACCCUCCUCAAUCGACAGCGCCCGGCAAUGCGGCAGCCGCAAAGGGCAGUUUGCCGCUUCCAGGUUGACGGGCGAUGUGCUGCGCACACGGCAGGCGAGUAGGGAGGGGAGGGAGGGCAGGACGACCUUCUUGACACCACCCAGGUCGAGCGACUGCAGGGUGUCGCGGCAGAAGCUGAUGAGCCGAGGGGGCAUGGACUCGUUGAUCUUCUUCUCGGUGGCUGUGGGUGAGAGCGGCUCGACUCGCCAGUGGAGGUGGGUGAGGGAUCGGGCGCAGACGAGAAUGGACUCCACCCAGUCAUCGGGGAGGGAGGGGCCAUGGCCCAUCACGGACAGCCACGUCAUGUGCUGCCGAUACUGACCCGCAACCUCAGCAAACGACAGAGAACCUGACACACAACACACACAACACACACAACACACACAACACACACACUCACACGCCUCUUUGCCUCCCCACUCCCCUCGCACACCUUCUCCAUCUCCGUCAGGCAGCUUUGCCAGUGCCUGUGCGUGCUUGGGCAUGUACACCGCCACCUCCUGCGGCCCCUCAGCCGACAACGCCGAUGCCGAUGGAGCAGCGGCGGCAGCAGCAGGAGGCCGUUGCAUCCCUGGUGCUGCCGCUGCCGCUGCCGCUGCCGCUGCCGCUGCCUCUGCUUGUGCGCGGUUGCAGAAGAAGUCCACCAUGGCCUGCCUGCGUGAGAGUGGAACAGCGGUGCUGGUUGCGUCAGCUGCAGCCGCACCAUUGCGACACGUUACCCCGCGCCCCUGCUGCUGGUGGUGGUGGUGCGUGGUGUCGGGCCCGAGGACGAGCCGCUCGAAGCGGGGCGGCGCCCUGCAGGCUGCGUCGAGUGCGCGGCAUGUGUACGGGAGUGUGGCGAGAGAUGAGAAGGGCAGGUAGGACACUAUGUGGUCCUCGCAGGGGAUCACCGACCUGAUGGAUAGAUACGUACAGCCGCAGACCGACGUGACGGGAGUGGGGUGAAUGUAAUGUGUGUGGAUGGCUCUGUCUGGGCUGCUCACGUGACGGUUGCGGCUUUCUCGAGUGUUUCUUCGUCGACAGAGUAGAUGAUGGUCAGCUGCGGGAUGAGCCCCUUGCGCACGGCAGCAGCCAGGCUACUGGCAUCACGCAACCACAUACCUGCACACAUGUGCACACAUACACACACACAUUCGGACAGACAGAGAGAUCUUGUCCGCCCAUCCAGGCACCCACGCCAGCGGCAUUCUCGUACCCUGCUGCUCGAUGCCCAGUGCGUCCAGCCCCAUGACCCGCCCCAUCUGGUCCUUACGCGGCACGCUCAUCCGCUCCUUGGCCUUCUUCGCAUUCUCACGACGCAGCGCCCUCAUUAUGGUCUCCGUGUGCAGGUCGAUAAGGCGGUACACCAGGCGCCGCUGGUCAGCCGCCGACAGCCGCACCACGCAGAAGUCUACGGUCGCCGAUGCAAUACAGCGCAGCUUGGCACCGCCUUCUUCGGCGGCUGAUCUGCCGGACUGCCGCCUCUUGCGGGCGGGAGCGGGGAGUACCGACAUUUUGGCUGCUUUCCUUUACUAGGGUUG